AUGAACGGCUACGGCUCCCCGUACCUCUACAUGGGCGGCCCGGUGUCGCAGCCGCCGCGGGCGCCGCUGCAGCGGACGCCCAAGUGCGCGCGGUGCCGCAACCACGGCGUGCUGUCCUGGCUCAAGGGCCACAAGCGCUACUGCCGCUUCAAGGACUGCACCUGCGAGAAGUGCAUCCUCAUCAUCGAGCGGCAGCGGGUCAUGGCCGCGCAGGUGGCGCUCCGCCGGCAGCAGGCCAACGAGAGCCUCGAGAGCCUCCUCCCGGACUCGCUCCGCGCCCUCCCGGGGCCGCCCGGCAGCGCCGACCCCGCCGCCCCCCCGGGGCCGCCGCCGCCGCCGCCGCCGCCGCCGCGGGCCCCCGCCGAGCUGGCCGCCGCCGCCGCCCUGCGCUGGGCCGCCGAGCAGCCGCCGGGGCCGCUCCCCAAGGCAGACAUGAACGAGGAGCGGCUGGGUGAUGCCAGUGGAGCAGACAAUGCCGAGACCUACAGCGACAAAGACACAGACCAAAGGAGUUCCCCAGACAUGAAUAAAGCCAAAAGCUGUUUUACCCCUGAGAGCCCUGAAAUCGUUUCAGUGGAUGAAGUUGGUUACGCCGUUCAGAAAAACGGUGGAAGUGCAGAGAGUCGUCCAGACAGCCCCAAAUACCACCCAGAGCAGAACCAUCUCCUGAUAGAAGGUCCUUCCGGGACAGUUUCCCUACCUUUCAGUUUGAAAGCCAACAGGCCUCCGCUGGAAGUGUUGAAAAAGAUCUUCCCGAACCAAAAGCCAACCGUGCUGGAGCUGAUCCUGAAGGGGUGCGGCGGCGAUCUGGUGAGUGCCGUUGAAGUCCUGUUGUCCAGUCGGUCCUCGGUUGCCAGUGGGGAGAGGAACGCUGCAGAGCCUGAUGGCCUCGUUUUGCCUUCGAACGGGCACAUUUUUGAGCACACGCUGAGUUCAUACCCCAUCUCCUCCUCCAAGUGGUCUGUGGGCUCGGCCUUCAGGGUUCCCGACACGCUGAGGUUCUCUGCUGAUUCCAGCAAUGUCGUGCCAAACCCUCUGGCUGUGCCUUUGCAGCACCCUUUUCCUCAGCCCCCGCGCUACCCGCUGAUGCUGAGGAACACUUUGGCCAGAAAUCAGUCCAGCCCGUUCCUGCCGAACGACGUCACGCUGUGGAACACCAUGACGCUGCAGCAGCAGUACCAGCUGCGGUCCCAGUACGUCAGCCCUUUCUCCAGCAAUUCCACCAGCGUUUUCCGAAGCUCGCCUGUCCUUCCUUCUCGCUCCUCGGAAGAUCCCAGGAUCUCCAUCCCUGAUGACGGGUGUCCCAUUGUGUCUAAGCAACCUAUUUAUACAGAAGAUGAGUAUGAUGAAAGGUCUGAUUCUUCUGACUCGAGAAUACUCAACACAUCUUCUUAG